UGCUUGUGGCAUAUGUUUUUAACUGAACUUCUACAUGGUGAUGCGACUGGCUUUGGUGCAGGGCUUGAGGACCCAACAAGGAGUAAAUACAAGCUUCUCCUGAGUCGUUCAUUGAUUAUUACUUCUGUGAUCCCUCCUGAGCUGCCAAUGGAGUUAUCAAUUUCUGUUAAUACAUCUUUGAUUGCACUGGCACAACGCGGGAUAUUCUGUACAGAACCUUUCCGAAUUCCGUUUGCUGGGAAGGAGUUCUCUGGAGUUGGUGGGUUGACGAGUGUAGAUUUAGAGACAGAUAUGACUAAACUGCAGGCCCGUACUGUGGAAAUCCUUGCUUCUUGUCAUGCCUUGGUUUUUGUGGACAACAAGCUGGUAUGA